GUCAACAGAUGGCGCUGUUUCUCCAGUCUAACCCGAUCGUGAGGGAUCAAUAGGGUGGAGAGUGGGAUUCGGGAGCCCCGGGUCCGCACUUCACUGGAUGCGGUAGCGGUAUGUGGACAACAGACACACCUGAGACGUUUGCGGGUACUUCAUGCUGACCGGUCCGGGCUCUCGCUGGAGUGCAUGACCCGCCGUGAUGGCCGGGGGACGAAGAGGACUAGUGGCUCCACAAAACACUUUUUUGGAAAACAUUGUCCGCCGGUCUAACGUUUGGACAUUAUCACAUAGACACACAGACACAAACUUUGUGCUGGGGAACGCUCAGAUCGUAGACUGGCCCAUCGUUUACAGCAAUGAUGGCUUUUGUAAGCUGUCCGGCUACCAUCGCGCAGAGGUCAUGCAGAAGAGCAGCACUUGCAGCUUUAUGUACGGAGAACUCACAGAUAAAGACACGUGUGAGAAAGUUCAGCUGACUUUCGAGAACUAUGAGAUGAACUCGUUUGAAAUCUUGAUGUACAAGAAAAACCGAACUCCGGUAUGGUUUUUUGUGAAAAUUGCACCGAUUCGGAACGAACAGGAGAAGGUCGUGCUCUUCCUGUGUACGUUUAGUGACAUCACAGCAUUCAAACAGCCCAUCGAGGACGACUCUUCAAAAGGCUGGGGGAAGUUUGCCCGCUUGACCAGGGCUCUAACAAGCAGUAGAGGGGUCUUACAGCAACUGCAGCCCACGGUACACAAAGGAGAGAAUGUGCACAAACACUCGCGCCUUGCAGAGGUUCUCCAGCUGGGCUCAGACAUUCUCCCUCAGUACAAACAAGAGACGCCCAAGACCCCCCCUCACAUCAUCCUGCACUACUGUGCCUUUAAGACCACCUGGGACUGGGUCAUCCUCAUUCUCACCUUCUACACCGCCAUCAUGGUCCCCUACAACGUCUCGUUCAAAACCAAGCAGAACAACGUCACCUGGCUGGUUGUGGACAGCAUUGUGGAUGUAAUCUUUCUAGUAGAUAUUGUGCUGAAUUUUCAUACCACUUUCGUGGGCCCGGCUGGGGAAGUGAUAUCAGACCCGAAACUCAUUCGUAUGAAUUACUUGAAAACCUGGUUUGUGAUUGACCUGUUGUCUUGUCUGCCUUAUGAUGUCAUCAACGCCUUCGAGAAUGUGGAUGAGAACUGGAACCAUCGAGCUGUCACUCAAGGUAUCAGUAGUUUAUUUAGUUCACUGAAGGUGGUCCGGCUGUUGCGUCUGGGCCGGGUGGCUCGUAAACUGGAUCACUACAUUGAAUAUGGUGCGGCUGUCCUGGUUCUUCUGGUUUGUGUGUUCGGGCUGGCCGCCCAUUGGCUGGCCUGCAUAUGGUACAGCAUUGGAGACUAUGAGGUAAUCGAUGAGGAUCAUAACACAGUACGUACAGACAGCUGGCUUUACAUGCUUGGCGAGACCAUCGGGAUGCCCUACCGGUUUAAUGCCAGCGGGACAGGAAGAUGGGAAGGCGGACCCACGAAAGAUUCGGUCUACAUCACAUCUCUGUACUUCACCAUGACCAGCCUAACCAGUAUUGGCUUUGGAAACAUCGCACCAACCACAGAUGGAGAGAAGAUCUUCGCGGUGGCCAUGAUGAUGAUUGGGUCGCUCCUCUACGCCACCAUCUUCGGUAAUGUGACUACUAUUUUCCAGCAGAUGUACGCCAACACGAACCGAUAUCAUGAGAUGAUCAACAGUGUGCGGGACUUCCUAAAGCUCUACCAGGUGCCCAAAGGCCUGAGCGAGAGGGUUAUGGAUUACAUCGCCUCCACCUGGUCUAUGUCCCACGGUAUCGACACUGAGAAGGUUUUGCAGAUUUGUCCGAAAGACAUGCGUGCCGAUAUCUGUGUUCACCUGAACAGGAAGGUUUUUAAAGAACAUCCUGCUUUCCGAUUGGCAAGUGACGGCUGUUUGCGAGCGCUGGCCAUGGAGUUCCAGACCAUCCACUGCGCUCCGGGCGAUCUUAUUUAUCAUGCGGGCGAGAGUGUGGACAGCCUCUGUUUUGUGGUGUCAGGGUCACUGGAGGUCAUCCAAGACGACGAGGUGGUCGCCAUUCUGGGUAAAGGCGAUGUGUUUGGGGACGUGUUCUGGAAGGAGGUGACUCUAGCUCAGGCGUGCGCUAACGUGAGAGCGCUAACGUACUGCGACCUGCACGUGAUCAAACGGGACGCGCUUCAGAAAGUUCUGGAGUUCUACACCGCCUUCUCCAACCACUUCUCACGAAACCUGUUGCUUACAUACAACCUGCGCAAACGGCUUGUGUUCAGAAAGAUCAGUGAUGUGAAACGUGAGGAAGAGGAGAGGCUGAGGAGGAAGAACGAGGCCCCACUGAACCUCCCUCCCGAUCAUCCCGUCCGCCGUCUGUUCCAGCGAUUCCGCCAGCAAAAAGAAGCCCGACUCGCUGCUGGGCAGUUCAUUUCCCAUGACCCUGAUCUCGAGAAGGGUCACAUCCACAAUGAAGUCAUCAGUCAGGAUGUAGUUGCCACCACAAGCAUCGUCACAGUUACGGAGAGUCCAGCCACGCCCAUCCCUUCACACCCCAACAAAAAACACACCCUGGGUCCGUUCGACCAGGCAAAGCUCAGUGCCCCUGCCCCAAAUGUCCCUCUGUCGUCAGAGCCGCGCGCCCGGGGAUGGGCCAGAUUCAGGGAGAGCGUGGCUAAGCCGGAGGGAUGGGGAAACGUUCCUAAAGCGGAAUCUAUGGAGACGCUCCCUGAACUGAGCAGCUCCAGUAAGUCUUGUGAGUCUAGCGGCCUCAAGAAGACGGAUUCCUGUGACAGCGGCAUCACCAAAAGCGACCUCCGCCUGGAUGAGGGCGGAGCUCGCACCCCUGUGGACCGCAGCCCGGUCCAGCCAGAUGGAAAAGCUCCCCCGAUCCCCCCAAUCCCCAUUAUUCCCGAACAUACGCUCCACGCGUCGCUCCUGGAACUCCGUAGUGAACUGAAAGAGGAGCUGUCGGCGCUCAGUAACCGUAUGGUUGCCUUGGAGACACAGGUCGCCGAGGUGUUAAGGUUGCUACGGAACAGAAAGACUUCGACCUCUCCAAUCUCGCUCUUCCAGGUAUCACGACCGACAUCACCAGACACAGACAAGGAGGACAUCUUUCCAUAAAC